AAUCGAGACUCGAGCCGCCUACGCCGCCCAACGGUCCAUCCUCCUCCGGGGUUCGCCGGCUUGGCCCCAGUUGGGGAGCGGCUCUGCCCAACUCGAAAAAACGCUAAAUGUCCUGACCUGCCUGCUUUUCUACAAGAUGUUGGGGUUUUUGAGGCGCCCUCUCGUGGUGACUGCUGAUAUCAACUUGAAUUUGGUAGCUCUUACUGGCUUGGGGCUACUGAGCCGACUCUGGCAACUCACCUACCCUAGGGCUGUGGUUUUUGAUGAAGUGUAUUAUGGGCAGUACAUUUCUUUUUACAUGAAGAGGAUCUUCUUUCUGGAUGACAGUGGACCACCAUUUGGCCACAUGCUGCUAGCCUUAGGAGGUUAUUUAGGAGGAUUCGAUGGUAACUUUUUGUGGAACAGAAUUGGAGCAGAGUACAGUAGCAACGUGCCUGUGUGGUCCUUGCGUCUGCUGCCAGCACUUGCAGGGGCCCUAUCUGUCCCCAUGGCCUACCAGAUAGUAUUGGAGCUCCACUUUUCCCACUGUACUGCCAUGGGAGCUGCCCUGCUGAUGCUCAUUGAGAACGCCCUGAUCACUCAGUCCAGGCUCGUGCUUUUGGAGUCAUUGCUAAUAUUUUUUAAUCUGUUGGCCGUGUUGUCCUACCUGAAGUUCUUCAACUCCCAAACACACAGCCCUUUCUCACUGCGCUGGUGGCUGUGGCUGGUGAUGACCGGGGUCUCUUGUUCCUGUGCAGUUGGUAUCAAAUACAUGGGAAUUUUUACCUACUUUCUGGUGCUCGGUGUUGCAGCUGUCCAUGCCUGGCACCUGAUUGGAGACCAAACUCUGUCAAAUGUCUGUGUGUUCUGUCACUUGCUUGCCAGAGCAGUGGCUCUGUUGGUCGUCCCAGUUGUCCUGUAUUUACUUUUCUUCUAUGUCCAUCUGAUGCUGCUCUACCGCUCUGGGCCUCAUGACCAAGUCAUGUCCAGUGCCUUCCAAGCCAGCCUGGAGGGGGGGCUAGCCCGCAUCACCCAAGGCCAGCCCCUGGAGGUGGCUUUCGGGUCCCAGGUCACUCUGAGGAACGUCUUUGGCAAGCCCUUGCCCUGCUGGCUUCAUUCCCACCAGAACACCUACCCCAUGAUAUAUGAGAAUGGCCGUGGCAGCUCCCACCAGCAGCAAGUGACCUGCUACCCCUUCAAAGACAUCAAUAACUGGUGGAUUGUAAAGGAUCCCAGGAGGCAUCAGUUGGAGGUGAACAACCCUCCAAGGCCUGUGCGACAUGGGGACAUUGUGCAACUGGUCCACGGCAUGACCACCCGCCUCCUCAACACGCAUGAUGUCGCAGCCCCACUGAGUCCCCAUUCUCAGGAAGUCUCCUGCUACAUAGACUACAACAUCUCCAUGCCUGCCCAGAACCUCUGGAAGCUGGAUAUUGUGAACAGAGAGUCUGACAGGGACACCUGGAAGACCAUCCUGUCAGAGGUGCGCUUUGUGCACGUGAACACAUCUGUAGUCUUGAAGCUGAGUGGUGCUCACCUCCCUGACUGGGGCUUUCGGCAGCUGGAGAUUGUUGGGGAGAAACAGUCACGGGGCCACCAUGAGAGCAUGGUGUGGAACGUGGAGGAACACCGGUAUGGCAAAAGCCAAGAACAGGAGGAGAGGGAGCUGGAGCUGCAUUUGCCUACUCAGGUGGACAUCAGCAGGAACCUCAGCUUCAUGGCCAGAUUCUCAGAACUGCAGUGGAAGAUGCUGACGCUGAAGAGUGAAGACUCUGAACACAAGUACAGCUCCACCCCACUAGAGUGGGUCACCCUGGACACCAACAUCGCCUAUUGGCUGCACCCCAAGACCAGUGCUCAGAUCCACCUGCUUGGGAACAUCGUGAUCUGGGCUUCUGCCAGCCUGGCCACGGUAACCUACAGUCUACUCUUCCUCUGGUACCUGCUCUGCCGGCGAAGGCGUGUCUGUCAUCUUCCUGAGGAUGCCUGGUCCCGCUGGGUGAUGGCUGGGGCCCUGUGCACUGGUGGCUGGGCGUCCAACUACUUGCCCUUCUUCCUGAUGGAGAGAACACUCUUCCUCUACCACUACCUGCCGGCACUCACCUUCCAGAUCCUCCUGCUCCCAGUCGUCCUGCAGCACGUCAGUGACCACUUGUGCAGGUCCCGCCUACAAAGAACCGUCUUCAGCACCCUGGUUGUAGCCUGGUACUCCUCCGCAUGCCAUGUGUCCACCAUGCUACUCCCACUGACCUAUGGGGACAGGUCACUCUCACCAGGCGAGCUCCGAGCCCUUCGCUUGAAAGACAGCUGGGACAUUUUGAUCCGAAAGCACUAGAGAACCAGAGGAGUGCUGCAUUAGUCUCUUAGAAACAAGUUUGUCUUCCAGCAGCAGAGGGCCUUGGCAGGCAGAUGGGCUGGGCUUGGCAAGGACUCCAGGGGUUAAUGUGCCGUCACCCCCCAACAGCCCUUUGGAGCAGCUCCAUGUUUUGAGCAAGUUAUUCCUCUUCAAACAGUGAAGAACACGCCCUCCACAUCUCCCAUGAGGCCCCUGGAAUAGCUGAGCUGCCAGUGUAAGAACCACUAAUGAAGGCAGGAGAGCACUCAGCCAGUGAAGGAGUCAAGGAGACCCGAGUGAUGAGCCUGGGGCUCGCUCCAGCUGUGGACUUGGUGUUUGAGUUCACAGACCUGGCCCAACCUCAUAAUGCCUACCAACAGGGUCUCAGCCCUGCCUUUGGCACAGAGUUGCCCUAGUCAACUCACUGUCUGCAGACACAGUUGAACUUUGUGAAGCCUAUGUGGCAUCUGACUGCCGGACACCAUGACUCCUCACUGUUCUGUACUUAAACCCUUCUGGGAGACUUUACCAAGCAUCUUCACCUUCCACAGCCAGGGCAUCAUCCAUGUACCUCCAUGCCUUGAACUGGUCUUUCUUAAUGCAAAUAAAAACAGACAAGUCGAUUCUGA